CGGGAUUUGCCCCAGACAGACAUGGCGGUACCGGCUUCCAGCUCUAACAAUCCCAUCGUGUUCUUCGAUAUUAACAUCGGUGGGCAGGAGGUUGGUCGAAUGAAAAUUGAACUCUUUGCAGAUGUUGUGCCAAAAUCAGCAGAAAAUUUUAGGCAGUUUUGCACAGGUGAAUUCAGGAAAGAUGGUGUUCCUAUAGGUUAUAAAGGAAGCACUUUCCAUAGGGUGAUAAAAGAUUUCAUGAUCCAAGGUGGUGACUUUGUUAAUGGAGAUGGCACAGGGGUUGCAAGCAUAUACAGAGGUCCAUUCGCGGAUGAAAACUUCAAACUAAAGCAUUCUGCCCCUGGUCUUCUCUCUAUGGCUAACAGUGGUCCAGGAACAAACGGCUGUCAGUUUUUUAUCACAUGCUCGAAAUGCGAUUGGUUGGAUGGGAAGCAUGUGGUUUUUGGCAAAGUUAUUGAUGGACUUCUAGUCAUGAGAAAAAUUGAGAAUGUACCUACAGGUCCCAACAAUAAGCCCAAGCUCCCAGUUAUUAUUGCUCAGUGUGGCGAAAUGUAAAUCGAGCUGCAUGCUGAUAUCCGGGAGCCUGAAAUGUACACAUCGGUGACUGUACAGUGAUCACAAUGUUUAUUCUUUGAGAGUUGUGUUUUUUUUGUUACAAAUAUUUUUUAAUAAACAACAUUUGGUUA